AUCACUUUACCUUUACCAAAGAAAAAUAUAUCUUACAAAAUGUGCACGUAGAAUAGCCCCUAGCGGUAACGUACUUGUGCGCAACAAGAAACAGUUGGGGGAUUUUUAACGACAAGUUGCGAAUGACGCGUUUACGAUUUAUUGGAUGUUAAGAAUUUGUGUAAACUGUUAAAGGAACAAGUAAAAAGGUUACUGCCGCCGGUUUUAAGGUCUCAUCAAAGCAAAGUGUUAUACAUCAGACCUUUGAAUCAAAACAAGAUAAUGGCAGCAAAGAAUGGAAGUAAUGGGAAUGGUUCAACUUUGUCGUUCGCGUGGAGAUAUCGUUCAAUUUGCUUCAAGGCAUUAGUUUCCAUUUUACUCUGCGCAAAUCUCUUUUACUUUGCGUAUCGCUUCCAUGAGUUAAACACCACAGUGAAAAUAUUACAAGCGGAGAAGUUACAAUGGUCGCAGCAGAAGGGGGGAGCUGCUGUUGUUAAAGAAGUCACGAAAAAAGUUGAAGAGCAAGAACCACAGCUUGAAUAUUCACAGAAAAAGUACUAUCCCUAUAUAUUCAAUGAACAAUACAAAUGUAGUGACGACGAGGGGAAGCCUCUUCCUGUGUUUCUGCUUAUCGUAAUAAAAUCAACAACUUCGCAAUUUGAUCGAAGGAAAGCUAUUCGACAAACAUGGGGAAACGAAAAUAAUAUUAAUGGCAUCACAGUUAAAAGGAUAUUUCUCCUUGCAAGAAAUCCUGAUGAGAAGAAACAAGCGUUGCUCGAACGGGAGCAGGAGGAAUAUCAUGACAUCAUACAAGGUGAUUUCCAGGAUUCGUUCCGCAACCUCACGGUGAAAGACAUCAUGUUUAUGAGGUGGAUGAUCAAGUAUUGUCCACAAACAAAGUUUAUAUUUAAGGGAGAUGAUGAUGUGUUCGUGAACAUCGAGAACAUUGUGUAUUAUCUGCUGUCAUUAUCCAAGGAACAAGCAAAAGAUUUAUUCGCUGGAAGUGUUUUGUAUCCUUCCCCGCGUAUAACUGACCCUAAGAGUAAAUAUUACGUGUCAACCAAUCUAUGGAAUGAGAAAUAUUAUCCGCCGUAUGUUUCUGGGGGAGGUUUCUUGAUGUCUUCGCUCGUAGCAAAGAAAAUCUUCGAAGUUACGAAAGUGACCCCAAUUAUUCCAAUUGAUGAUGCGUUUCUUGGGGUUUGCCUUCGCAAACUUGGCAUGAAGCCACAGAAUCAUAAAGGUUUCAAGAGUUGGGGGGUUAACAGGCCCAAGGAUAUUUGCAUAUAUAAAGAAAUUAUGACUCUGCAUAAAUUGAACAGCGAAGAAAUGGUGGAGAUGUGGAAAAAACUUCACGAGUCAGAUUUUAACGACUGUGCAAAAAUUUUUGAAAAUAAGAAUACUACAGUCACAGUGAAGUCCUGAAACUGUGUCCUUCAUUUUUGCGUUUCGUGGCACUUAAGUUCUCUCUCUCUUCAAACAACAUUACUCACGUUUUUACUGCCCGCAUUAGGAAUAUUAAAUCUAACGUAAAAGGCCUUCAUACAUGCUGAAAGUUGUUAAAGUAAUAUUCAUGUAACCAUAGGCACCAAACCAGGGGUGGCAGGGUAGGCAGGUCUAUCCUUGAAAUUUUUACACUGCAUUAAUCAGUAAACACUGAAAACCAUAUUUAGGUUUGUUUCAUAAAAAAUAGGCAUCCUACUAUCCCUGCCUCCCCUGCAUUUUAAAAUGUUUGGCGCCUACCUUUGUAGCUGUAACAUGACAACCUUAUAUCAGCUACAAGUUUUUAUUUUUGUAUUCCAUGUCCUUGUCCUUGCAUGCUGGUUUUAUUACUCAUUUGAUUCCAUGCACCAAGCAAUCUCCCAUAUAUCACAGUGACUAACCUAUGGUUUAAAACUCCUGCUAUAUUCCUAUAUUGAUGUUUCAAAAUUACUAACAGCAACCUGCUUCAAGAUUAAAACUUACCAAAAUCCUAUCAACCCAAAACUAAUAACACAUUUUUAGCGUAAGUUCAUUUUCGAAUAUUUACUUCUGUUCCUUGCACCCUCUUAUAUACCCUGUAGGGUUGGCUGGUUUUAUGGCCACUCUGUUCUAAUAUUACAAUGAACACAUUGCAGUCUUAAUAUUUUUUUGUGCAAGCUGUACUUCUAAACUUAGUAGGGCAAUACAGUGGUCCCAAAAUUUAUUAUUUCAACCCCACUUUUCAAAAUAAGUUUUUUUUAAAACAAAUUCUGUGAUGUGGCUUAAAUUCAGUUGCAUUUAUAGCAUAAAACACUCUGAGAACUCCUAAUGUGAUGCCCAUGUUUAGCUCAUUAUUAGUCACGUUUUCAAAUUGAAUCAUAUCUGGCCAAAAAUCAAAAUAACACGUAAAUAUUCUAAUUUUUUCAGCUGCAACCAAUUGCUUGGGCACAAGUCCUUUUUUGAGUAUUUACCCUAUUCUGCUGUUACAUAUUAAAUGUUUGGGACCACUAAAGUGAAAACCAAACUUUUUUUGGAAACGUGUUUUAUAACCGAUUCAUACUGUGAUGUGAAGUUGUGAAAUUUUCUGAUGAUCUUUUCUUUAGCACCUUAUCUUGCAAUUGCAGAUACUCACUUGCCGUUUUUUACUCUUUAAAAUCUACCCAGCACAUAUUACAGUAAUGCUGCAGGGUCUACAAUAUAUGCCUUGCAUUGCUUGUAAAAUAGGACCUAAAUUUAAAUCAAUUCAAAAAAUUCGGUGCUGUAAUAAAAUCCUUGCGUAGACUAUAGUAAUUAUUUUUUAUCUGUAUUGAAUUCUAUAUUUCUGCGUAUUUUUAAUCAGAUUUCUUGUGUUUUAUAACUUUGAAAACUACGUCAUAGAAAUUA